UGAAAUAAAAAGAAGAACCUAAUCCACUGUCGGAAAAACAAAGAAAUUCAGAGGUCCGAAAUAGGCUACGUUUCGAAGCCUUUUCCUCCUACUUUAUCCAUUUCUCUGUAAAUAUCAAACCCCGCCAUGGUUGUGAGGAAACAGCACCUGCGUUUCCUCUUCACCAUGAUCACGCUGCAACCUUCUUCUGCUACCAACUCACCACUCUAAUGUACUAUGCUGUUCUUCCCGUUCCUAUGGAGUUCGCAAAGACUAUGUUCUGUUCGUCUCCGCCGUUUCCUCCAAGAACUCACCCUUGGAACACUCACUCCCCGUCUUCUUCUACUUCCGUUUUGAUGCUUCGCGAACAAGGUUCCUCUACAGUUGCCUCUUGGUCUUCUAAUUUUUCAGCACAGAAUUUCCCUGCCUCAGUUCUUUUACAAGAGCAGCGAGAUGAAUAUAGGCCUCUUCUUCACAUGUCUAAGGAAGACAAAACAUCUCAGGCAAUUUUAAAUACAAGGCAGAUGGAUAUGGACACGGUUCAUGAAGAGAAUGACAUUGGAAAUGCUGAUCAGGUAGUGCUGGACUUUAGGAAGCACCUGCAUCUCUGGCCUCGUUUACGGAACUUAUUAACUUCCUCCCAAACAGGAGAAAUUGCUGCUUCUUCAACUUUACAGCAUGUUUCUGUUGACUCGGAGAGGCGCACAGAUAGUGUGCAAUGUAAUGGAGUUUCUUCUGCUAAGAAAGCUUUGUCUACUGCAAAACAAGCAUCCUCAGUUGAAGGCCUGAAAUCAACUAAAGCUGAUGAUAAUUCCAUUCCUUUUGGUCUGGCUUCUACUAGUUUGGCGGAGCCUUCAAUUGGAAGAAAUAAAACUGUGAGGUCAACACGGCUUUUAGAGAGACGAGCAAAACAAAGAAAAGUACCUAAGUCCGUAGUUAAAGAUGAUGAAACCCACCUUACAAGAAAGGAUGUUUCUCAAGAAAGGGUACGCAAAGAAAAGAACAUAAAUGAAGAAUUUGAUCAAAAUGAUACCUUACGCAUGUUCUUGAGGGGUCCUGAAACAAAACAACUUUUGACACUUGAACAAGAAUCUGAACUGAUUUCUCAGAUACAGGACUUAUUGAAAUUGGAAGAAUUGAAGAGCAGACUCCAAUCUCAAUUUGGUAGGGAACCAACUAUGGCUGAAUGGGCUGAGGGUGCGGGACUUAACUCUCGAAAGCUCCACGCACAGCUUCAUCAUGGAAACAAAAGCAGAGAAAAGUUGAUUCAAGCAAAUUUACGCAUGGUAGUCCAUGUUGCCAAAAGUUAUCAGGGACGUGGUCUCAGCCUUCAGGACUUAUUACAGGAGGGUAGUAUGGGCCUUAUGAAGAGUGUUGAAAAAUUCAAUCCCCUAGCCGGUUCCCGAUUUGGUAAUUAUGCAUUCUGGUGGAUAAGGCAAGCAAUAAGGAAAGCGGUGUUUAGACAUUCCAGGACAAUCCGUCUGCCGGAGAAGGUAUAUAUCCAAUUGGGCAAGGUAAUGGAAGCAAAGAAAUUGUACAUUCAGGAAGGAAAUCUUCACCCAACUAAAGAAGAAUUAGCAAGAAGGGUAGGAAUUACAGUAGAAAAGGUUGACAAAUUACUAUAUUCUGCAAGAACUCCAAUUUCUAUGCAGAAAACUGUGUGGGCUGACCAAGAUACAACUUUCCAGGAGAUUACUGCAGAUCCCACAGUUGAGGCCACAGACUUGAGUGUUGAAAAACAGCUUAUGAGGCGACAUGUGCUCAAUGUCCUAACUAUCUUGCGCCCCAAAGAAAGGAAAAUAAUCCGACUAAGAUAUGGUUUUGAAGAUGGUGAACAGAAAUCUUUAUCAGAAAUUGGAGACAUAUUUGGUUUGUCUAAGGAAAGGGUUCGUCAAUUGGAGAUCCGAGCAUUAUAUAAGCUUAAGAAGUGCCUUGUCAAACAAGGACUUGAUGCUUAUGUAGACUUGCUUUUAUAAAUAGACACCAAGGUUAUGUGGUUUCAUUUCACACGGCGCAGACUUUUUUCUUGCAACGAGUUAAACAGAUUUAUCAGGAUCCAACUUUUGAAGGUAAAUUUGAUGAAUAUUGUAAUUGAGGGCAAAUCAGAGGACUUUGGUAGCAGUCAAUUGGCAGAUGAAAAUUGUAAUGUGUAUUAAGAGGUGAGGCUUAUACAAAUGUGAACAUUCCUGGAGAAAACAUUGAAAUAGUAUUAUUCCAGUAAAGAAAGUUUUUCUUUUUGUUAAAUAAAUUAGAUUUUAUCAUGUA